CGUCACCGCGAAAGGCGAUCGCCGGGUGACGUCACUGCCGCGCGGGUCGGGGCCGCGCACAGGCUCGCUCACGCGCCGCACCGCGGACCCGGACGAUGCCGCGCGCUCCGUGUUCGCUCGCUGAGCUCCGCGUCGCUUGAUCGGGACCCGAUGGAGGGAGCCGCGGCCGGGGGAUGCGCGGCGGAGGACGCGGACGCGCUGAUGGACGCCGCGGAUCUCGACGCUGCUCUUAAGAAGACCUACAUAACUGAGAUGCCGUCGUCCUCGUGUCACUCCAGCUCCGGGCCUGAGAAGAAGAUCGGUCACCGGCGGGUGGAUGCGUCCGGUGAAACCACCUACAAGAAGACGACCUCGUCUGCCCUGAAAGGAGCCAUUCAGCUGGGGAUCGGCUACACCGUGGGUAACCUGAGCUCCAAACCUGAGAGAGACGUCCUUAUGCAAGACUUCUACGUGGUGGAGAGCAUCUUCUUCCCCAGUGAAGGCAGUAACCUGACGCCGGCGCAUCACUACCCAGACUUCAGGUUUAAAACCUACGCUCCGGUGGCGUUCCGCUACUUCAGAGAGCUCUUCGGCAUCCGACCGGACGACUACCUGUAUUCUCUCUGUAACGAGCCCUUGAUCGAGCUCUCGAACCCCGGGGCCAGCGGCUCCAUCUUCUACGUGACUCGAGACGAUGAGUUCAUCCUGAAGACCGUCAUGCACAAAGAGGCUGAGUUCCUGCAGAAGCUGCUUCCAGGAUACUACAUGAACCUGAACCAGAAUCCUCGCACGCUUCUGCCUAAGUUCUUCGGCCUGUACUGCGUUCAGUCCGGAGGGAAGAACAUCCGGAUCGUGGUGAUGAAUAACAUCCUUCCGCGCAUCGUUCGCAUGCACCUCAAGUUCGACCUGAAGGGCUCCACGUACAAGCGGCGGGCGUCCAAGAAAGAGCGCGAGAAGUCCAAGCCCACCUUCAAAGACCUGGACUUCAUGCAGGACGUCCAGGAGGGACUCUUACUGGAUGUGGACACUUAUAACGCCCUGGUGAAGACGCUCCAGAGAGACUGUCUGGUGCUGGAGAGUUUUAAGAUCAUGGACUACAGUCUGCUGCUGGGGGUUCAUAACCUGGACCAGGCGGAGCGCGAGCAGCAGAUGGAGGGGUCUCAGAGCAGCAACGAUGAGAAGAGACCGGCCGCUCAGAGAGCGCUGUACUCCACCGCCAUGGAGUCUAUUCAGGGAGGAGCGGCGUGCGGCGGAUCCUUAGACACCGACGACACGAUGGGAGGCAUUCCUGCUGUCAACGGAAAAGGAGAGAGACUCUUGCUCUUCAUCGGCAUCAUAGACAUCCUUCAGUCCUACAGACUCAUAAAGAAGCUGGAACACACGUGGAAGGCUCUGGUGCACGACGGGGACACCGUCUCUGUCCACCGGCCGAACUUCUACGCUGACCGCUUCUUCAGGUUCAUGAGCAGCACUGUGUUCAAGAAAAGCACUUCUCUGAAGGCUUCUCCUGCGAAGAAGGGCCGAGCGGCGCUGACCGUGCCCAAACUCGGCGGCCCCGGAGCGGCCUGGUCGGCCAGCCAGCUUCCCUCAGAGAGAGACGAGAACAUCUACGACCUGAGAGGAGCCCGCAGCUUCCCCGUGCUGGAGAACGAUGGUCUGCAGUCCUGUACUCCUCCGUCGUUCGAGGAAGCGACCACGGCGUCUGUGGCCACGACCCUGUCCUCCAACACCUCCAUAUCUAUCCCAGAGCGCUCUCCGUCAGACACCACAGAGCACCCGCGCUACAGGAGGCACACAUUGUCUCUGAAAGACGCUGAAGGAAGGACACAUGAGGAAGAGCAGCAGACCAUCACUGUGCAGGUGGAGGUGAAGAGAGAGAGAGAAGACGACGACGAGGAGGAAGACGAGGAGGAGGACGAGGAGCCGGACGUCCCUGAGACGCACGUGGUGAUGGACGUUCCUCCUCCAGACACUGAUGACCUCGUCCCUGAAACAGCCGCCUCAGCACCCGUUGCCGAGGAAACCAUCUCCCAGACAACCUUUCCUGGUAACACCCAGACAACGCUUCCUGUGCAAUCGGCUCCUCUGACAGAAUGCGAGGCCCAGGAGCCGGCUCGGACCCCUAAAGCAGCAGAUCCGGCCCCCUCCAGCCCAAACACACAGCGUCUCUCAGAGUCCCAGAGCCACGGGUCUCUGGAGGAAGAGCUCGCCUCGAACACCGACAUCUACUUUUAAGGAGGUGUUCAGGAGACGUCUCUCUGCGGGUCUGAAGCACUUCUGGAUUGAUUCUGCCGCUCGGAGCGCGAGCGAGACCAGCCGAAGAAGCUUCCGGACAAAAACCCUGCUCCGUUUCUACCUGGGUGCCGGCUUCCGAUCGAUUCCCCUCCGGAAACCUGUGUGUGUGUGUGUGUGUGUGUGUGUGUGUGUGUGUGUGUGUGUGUGUGUCAACUACAUCUCUCUAGACUAGAUGUAACGUCUUCAGUCAUUCCAUAAGCUCCUAUCCGUGCGUCCAGCGUGGAGCUUCCUCGUUAUGCAAUAUGAAGUCCUCCCCGUGAUUGCAUGUAGUAUAUUUUGAUUUCGUGUACACCUGAGAUGGAACGAAAAGAAAAGCCUUGCUGCAGAGGACUGAAAACAUAUCAAGCUGCGGUGAACAUAUCAGUGCUCCUGUUUCUAUAUCACUUUCUCUGUAUUUUUCAGAAGUCAGAUGAAUUCGUUGUUAUAGAUCAUUUUAGGUCUUUUGAGCCGUUUCAGACUGUCUUCAUAAAAACGUGAUGAAUUUCCGCUGUUCAGGUCGACUCACUGCAGAAAAACACGGGAUUUUGUCUCGUUUUAAAUACAUUUUUAAACAUCCUUAAAAUCAGAUGCAUUUACUUGAGAAUUUAAAAAAUUAUAUUAUAUGUAAAUUAUAUAUAUAUAUAUAUAUAUUUUUUUAUAUAUAUAUAUAUAUAUAUAUAUAUAUAUAUAUAUAUAUAUAUACAUAUAUAUAUAUAUAUAUAUAUAUAUAUAUAUAUAUAUAUUUAUUUGAGGAACUUUGUCAUCUUUUAUCGACUAUUUUUUUGUCUACUAUGAUUUUAUAUCUUUACCAUUUAUAGUUAGUUUUCUCAAGCACGUUUUCAUUAUUAUGAAUUUAUUAUACAUAUAUUUAUUUAAAAAUACAUAUUCCACACUAGGAACAGUUACCAAUAUUAAAAACACCUUUCAUUGUCAUCUUUUAUAGUUUUAUGUCUCAUCAGUUUUAUAAUUUAGAGUAGUUAUUUUUUUAUUGCCAAAUUGUUUAUUUUGUUUAUUAUUUUAAACAGUUGUUAUUAUUACUAUAAUUACAGAUAAUUUUAUAAAAAUGUUUUAUUAUUAUUAUAAUUUUGAAUAUAUAGUUAUUAUUAUUACAUUCCCAGUGAAGUAUAAAAAGUGCUUCAUUCACAACAUCAUAACAUUGCUUCUCAAAGAAAUGCAUCUUAUUUUAAGCACCUUAUAUUGCUGGAAAAUGAUAUUUUUCUGAUGCUCUAAGCGUUCUCUAAAGAGUGGAAAUCUAUGACAUAAUCUCAAAUGUUUUUUGGACGUGAUAGAAAGUGUACAGUAUGUUUGUGAACACUGAACUGACAAAGACUCGACACAUUCAGCUUUUUUUAAGCUUCGUUUCGCGAUCAUUUUUCUUUUAAAAUAACCUUUUAUUUAUCGUCGUCUUUUAUCUGCGUGAUUUUAUUGAUGUCUGUGAAAACGUUAUAGUUUUUUAUAUAUUUUUUAACGUCUUUAUUUUGGUUUGCGAAGGCUAAUUUCAGAUCGUAAUUGCGGUCGCGACGGGAAUUUGUACCGAAUCUGACCUGAAAAUAAUUCAGACUCAUCCUUGCUUUUGUCAAAUCAAAGAAAAGUCACUUUUACAAAUACGGAUAAAAAUCGGAUAUAGUUUUGCGAUUUCAUCCAAGCGUUUUCCAAUCUAGUGGCGUUACUGUCGUCAUUUUUAAUGGCCAUUUGAAUACGUGUUUUUAAUGCGCUUUUUAUUGAACCUGCAUCACUUCUCUGAUGCUCAGUUUGGCUUUUAAAGGAUAAAACGGCCUUGUUCGGACAAUUAAAUCUUCAUCGUUAUCAAAAUCGAUCCCAUUGGUCAUGUUUGAUGGGGCGAGUCUUUGUAGUAUAAUGUACAGUAUGUUUUAAAGUGUAAUAAUGUACUGUAUGUGUGAAGUAAUGAGAGGCUGCAUGUUCAGACAUCCAUGUGAAGCUCUAUCUGUGUGUGUGUGUGUGUGUGUGAGAGAGACUGUAUAUAUCACUGGUUUGAGGAAAGUCUGUGCUGUAUUUUAAGCUUCGGUGCAUGUGAACGUCUGGAAGUGUCCGUCUAACACUAAACCUCUGUACAGAUCAUUAGCUGGUAAUGAUGAUGUAAAGAUUUAAAAAAAAAAAACAUACCAAUAAAGACUAUAUGGGAAAUAA